CGAGAAGGGGCAAGCUUGUCGUGGAGCGACGAAGAAACGGGGGAGGAGGAUUUGGGGGGAUAGAAGGCUUAUGGGACACUGCCGCGUCGGCACGGCCAGAUUUUAGCAAAUACAAGAUAUCGUCCUGCGAGCACGGGCCAGAUGAAGAUGCGAGCGACGGAUCUUCCCACCCCCUCUGCCGAGUUCUUGGCUAUGGCUGUAGUUCGGUCUGGUCGCGAUCGCCCGGUAGAGAGAGUGAUCUGAUAAUGAGUGGAAAAAGCGGUUGCAGAAGUAGCAGCAGCUCAAGGCCGAGGUGGUAAGUCCCUCGACUUCUUGGUUGCUGCGGCCCGACUCUGCAGCUGCACCAAGACGAGGGACGGGGAAUUGAUCGAUGAAUGUUCGGAUGGCAUGGGUGACCGCAGAGUAGCAGCUGUACAUGUUGUGAGAACCAGAAGAGGUGGAUUGUGUAGUGAAUGGCAGCACGGGGUGGAAUCCACCAUCGUCGGCAAUUAGACGGGAAGCGCGCUCAGAAUCUGGUUGAUUAGAUUGUGAAUAAUUUUUACGGUUAUGGCAGUAGCCGGAGCUGCUGGGACGGGUGUGUGCUUGUCUCUGAGUUCGGGGUUUGGCUUAGUGGGGGAAGGGGCCAGCUGCGCUCCCGCUAGGACCUCGGUAGAAUUGCGCAGGCCUGUCCUUGCAGGGGCUCAUGGGCUCGGGCAUGGAAAUCAGCAGUCGCUUUCGGGUUCAGAUGGAGGCGCAGGAAUUUUGACGAAUUCGUUGACAUCCAGACAGGUUGCCCGGGCCAAUUCUGUCGCCAAUGUUAGGAAUUUAUGGGGUAGGAAAGGUAGGCAGAAAGGAGCGGCGCAAUGCAUUGGCGUUUCGGAAGGAAGGGAGAAGGGUAGUAGUGAGACGGCCAAAGAGACGAUUUUUGAGGUGGAGGAUCCUCGUUCCAAUGCCCGCCCUCGGAAUGGUGUUCGCGAUAUGAAUCAGGCUUGGGAGGUUCUGCGUCAGGAUGUCCUCUACCUCGAUUGGAGGGCCCGCCAAGACGUCUAUGCUAUCAAAGUUGCACAUGACAAAGUCGUGGAGACGCUGAACCCUCUUGCCAGGGAGCUGAAGUCUGUAGAGACUAUGAAGAAACAGCUAGCUCAGCUGCAGGAGGACCUCUCCAAGGCUCAUACUCAGGUGCACCUCUCAGAAUCCAGGGUAGAGCACACUAUGAGGAAGUUGGCCGAGAUGGAAUCUGUGAUAAACGACAAGUUGCUGCUGCACAAAAGUUCGGAGACUAAGAUGGAGCCUCAGAUCCAGAGGACUGCUCCAGUUUAUGUUGACGCAAACGCGGAAGGCCUUGCAGAAGCCAGAAGAAUACAAGCAAGCAAAUCAGGUUCUAACAUUCUGAACGUUUCGGGACCGACAGAACCGUAUCCUGUUUGGCUGAAGAACUUUUGGUAUCCAGUGGCGUUCACAGUUGAUCUGAAAAGCGAUAUCAUGAUUCCCAUCGAGAGUUUUGAAGAACCUUGGGUGCUCUUCCGAGGGAAAGACGGCCGUGCUGGAUGUGUGCGUGAUGAGUGUGCGCAUAGGGCAUGUCCCCUGUCACUCGGCACCGUUGUUGAUGGGCGAAUACAAUGUCCUUAUCACGGAUGGGAGUAUAACACGGGUGGUAAGUGUGAGAAGAUGCCGUCGACAAGGCCACUGAAAACAGGCAUCAGGGCCCUGCCUUGCAUUGAGCAAGACGGAAUGGUCUGGAUCUGGCCUGGGGAUGAAACUCCUGCAGCGACCUUGCCUUCAUUGUUGCCACCUGAGAACUACACGAUACACGCAGAGAUUGUUUUGGAGCUUCCUGUGGAGCAUGGGCUCCUAAUGGAGAAUCUUCUCGAUUUGGCACACGCUCCUUUCACGCAUACGAGUACAUUUGCGAAGGGUUGGUCUGUCCCAAACAUGGUGAAGUUCAAAACGCCAAUGCAAGCACUGAGUGGUAACUGGGAUCCAUAUCCAAUCGAUAUGGCCUUUCAGCCCCCUUGUAUGGUACUAUCUACUAUCGGCCUUGUGAAGCCCGGAAAGCUCGACGGGUCAAGCACUGCUUCAUGCUCCAAGCACCUCCACCAAUUGCAUGUGUGCAUGCCGUCGUCAAGAGGAAAGACACGAUUGAUGUACCGCAUGGCUCUGGACUUUGCCCAAUGGGCGAAGUAUGUGCCUUACAUCGAUCGCGUGUGGACACAUCUUGCUAAUCAGGUUCUGAAUGAAGACCUACGACUCGUCGAAGGCCAGCAAGACAGAAUGAAGCGUGGAGCAAACGUUUGGCAAACUCCAGUGGGCUACGACAAGCUGGGAGUACGGUACAGGAGAUGGAGAAAUGCCGUAGAAGCCGGAGCGAAGAAGAUUCCCUUUGAGUCGAUUCAAUGAGGGGGAUUGGUACAGAGAUGUCCGAUGUUGUAAUAAGUUUGUCCUCGUAACGUUGCGCGUGUGUAAAAAUCGGAGGGAGAGUAGUUUUUGGCAGUCACCCAGCUAACGUUCCAAAAACAGAGUUGAUUAUCUGUAGAGCCCUUUCUCGAAAUGCUAUUUCAAUUCCAUUUAUUCAAGCGACUGUCAUGAAGAAUCAGCUGUGGCUGGCUACCGUAGCUACCAGCUGCAGCUAUGCUUCCUUGAAUGAGUUGAGCACACUGCUGGAUUUUGCCAGACGCCAAAAUUUACUCUGGCAAGGGCCCGGCGUGUGUUUGUAAAAUUGUGUACCAUGUUGAACUUGAUUUCUGGGAGAUUUUCACAACAGCUAACUAAAGGCUGUUUGGCCCUUUCCCUUAUCAUUAAUCAUUUCCAUUUUCUUUAUG